AAACAGUGAAGUCGGAAAAAUUUUUUUAUAUUCAUUUACUAAUGUUCUUUUCGAACAGACAAAACGUAUUGAUAGGACGAUCUAUAUAUAAAUCUUGUGUUUAUAAACACAAGUGCUAAACGUUCGGUGGGGAAGAGGUAUACCGAGUGGAUGAGGCGUAAUUUUCACAGUUCUGUGUAGUGCUUUGAGAGAAAUAUAUAGAUAAAGAGAUUUCUCUGAUGUGGAAAUAGAAAUUGAAAAUGACGGGUCGGCAAUCAUCUAGCGUAAAUGAUGAUGAUAUGAAGCCUAGCUCAUCGAGAAGAAACGACGACGUCGAAGGACAAUAUAUAGAGAUGACUGAAUUAGCACCGACAUUUCUGCCGAAAUUGUGUGACGAUGAACACGUGUCGUUAGAAGAAAGGGUCACUUCAUGUACAUUCGUGGAAGAGGGUUCUGCAGAUCUAGCCCCCAGAAAGCACAUCGAACAAUUCCGAUCCAAAUUUGGCGAUAAUAAUCACAUAAGUACAUCAUAUGCAAAUUUUCCAGAUGGUAAACAUAUCUUCAAUGCAAUAUCUACGAUGGAAACUGACCUACUAUUACGUAUUCUCAACGAUGCAGACGGAUACGACGGGGAGAACGGUAGCAAUCAAUUCUAUUUCCCUGCUUUAAAAAAUGAAAAAAUUAACAACAUAUCGGAUGAACUUCGGGAUGCCCUGCUAUGGUCAUUUCAUACGUCGCCUGAAAAAUGGCUUUUAAUUGCCUGUUUGUGUGGACAUUAUGAUGUUGUAAUGAUACUCCUACAAUGCCAAGUUGAUAUAUCCGCCAAGGAUCCUCAGGGAAGAGGACCCCUGCACAUGGCCGCCUGGUCAGGAUCCACCGAAAUCGUUGAAGAACUUAUGAAAAAAGGAGCUAGUCCAAAUGCGUUCGAUUGUUCGAAGAAAAAAAUGACACCAAUGCAUUAUGCAGCAGAAAAAAACCAUGUUCGCAUUCUUGAAUUACUUAUAAAAAACAAUGGAGAUGUCAAUAAGGGUUAUCCAAAAAACACUCCUCUGUGCUGCGCCGUUAAAAACAAUUCAUACGAUUGCGUGGAGCUAUUAUUAGAGUCUGGAGCAUCCCCCAACAUUACUGAAGUUUUUACGGAGACUCCCAUUCACAUAGCUGCGAGUUUAGGUUCAGUCAGAAAUGUUCAGUUGCUGCUGAAACAUGGAGCAAAUGUACAACUACGUCAUGGCUCAGAAAAAUCUACUCCUCUCCAUCUAGCAGCCGAAAUCGGCAGCUGGGAGUGUUGCAAAUUGUUAUUACAGGCUGGAGCACCUAUAAAUGCUCAAAAUACUCGAAAUAAAACCGCUAUGCAUUUAGCAGCUACGGCCCAAUCAGCGGAAACUGUAAAAGUACUCCUUGAGUUUGGAGGAGAUCCUAAUGCUGUAGAUAAGACGGGUCGUACUCCAUUACAUUGUGCAGUCGCCAAAAGGCAGGAAGGGAAUGAAAUGAUUGAAAUUCUAUUGCAGGCAGGAUCCGACAUCAAUCAACCAGACAACUUUGGCUUGACUCCAUUGCACGCAGCCACCCUGAAGGUGUCCUCCUCCACAGUAAAUCUACUCGUCUCUAGGGGGGCAGAUCUAACUGCACGUACCAACAGCGGUGUUUCAGCCUUGAGCUUUGUAAUGCGUCGUAUCCCUGAUGUAAUACCACGAUACGUCGCUAAAUUGGAUCAAGCAAUUUUGACCUACGAUCACGAUUUAAGUGAUGUUGAUUGCGAAAUAAACCUGGACUUUCGUCCAUUGAUGGCCGGAGGACAACGUGAAACAGAGCUACUGCUUUGCUUCGUGGAAGCCGAUCAAAAAUCUAUUCUGAAACAUCCAUUGUGUGAAAGUUUUUUGUAUCUCAAAUGGCUCAGAGUCCGGAAAUUCUUUGUUAUUACUCUCAUCUUUCGAGCAAUCUUCGUGGCUUUUUUCACAAGUUACACUCUAGUAACGUAUGUCUACGAAUCCUACCAUGUGAUGAGAAAAAUAUUAUUCUGGCCAGUUGUUAUCUUUACUAUUAUGCUAGUUGUUAAAGAAGUUUUUCAACUUGCACACGGUAUUUCAAUUUAUGUAAGACGUUGGGAAAAUUGGUUGCAGUGGAGUAUUACAGUUUUGACAAGUCUUAUUUUGAUUACUCCCAUUGAAGAAUGGCAGUACCACGUCGUAGCCAUUGAUAUACUUUUAGUCUGGAUCGAAUUGAUGGUAGUCCUUGGAAGAUUUCCAACGUUUGGGGUGUAUAUACAAAUGUUUGCACAAGUAGCUAUCAAUUUUUUUCAAUUUAUUGGAGCCUACAUCUCUCUUAUUAUCGGAUUUGCUCUAGGAUUCACUAUUCUUCAUAAAGAUUACAAAUCAUUUCGCAAUCCACUGCUGGGACUGUUGAAGACAAUUAUUAUGAUGUCUGGAGAGCUAGAGUUCGAAGACGUAUUCUACGAUGAUGAUGUUCCACUUAAAUUUCCGUGGACUUCUCAUCUAAUGUUAUUGGCAUUUGUUCUACUGGUAACUGUGAUAUUGACUAACCUCAUGGUGGGUCUUGCAGUUUCGGAUAUCCAAGAAUUAAGAAGAUGUGCUGGAUUGGAUAGACUCGUGACAAGAGCUGUAUUGGUGGCGGAUUUAGAAAGUAUAUUGUUUUCAAAGUUCCUAGAUUAUGGUUUGUGUGCAUUAAGCAAGAUGUUGAGAAGGCAGGCAUUGAUAUUACCUCAUGAUAGUGGUUUUGUUGUUCGUAUAAAGCCAAAUGAUCCAAGAGAGACGACACUGCCCAAGGAACUGUUAAAAGCAAUCUGGGGACUUGUAUCGGAAAAAACAGAUAAAGAAAACCGAAAGAAAAAAGAACAUGAAUUGUGGAGAAGGAACAAUCGAUGUCGUGAAGAGGAUUCCGAUGGCUGCGAAUCACGUAAUUUAAUUAGUGCCGCGAGUUCUAGUGAUAUCGACAGGCAGCACGUCUCAGAGAUUACAGAAGAGUUUAGGAAGUACUCGAAAAAUAUUUCAGUGAAGUUGGAUGGACUUAUUUCGAGGGUGGAAACUGCGCUGAGAGAGAUCGAUGCGAAGAAUCAAAGGACUGGUUGAAUUUAUAUUCCAUGGUACCGUUGGUGAAAAGAUCUACAGCUCUCCUGAAGCUUCUGUAGGCGAACUGAUUCUCAAUUAAAAUAUCAUGCCAUUUUUUAAUGCCGAAAGUUGGUGAUAUUCACUGAUGAAACUGAGGAAUUAUUGAUUACUGACGUCAACUCGAGGAUUCAGAUUGAAAUUUAAUAUUGUAUAUGUCAUUUGAUUUUAAUUGAAUUUGUAAUAUUAUAAUGUUAUUGUAAGUGUAAAUUUGAGCAAUUAAAGAAAUGCCCCAACUGACUAGCUACAAAAAA